UUUUUGAUAAUCGUUCUUUUUUAUUAAAUAUCCCGUUAAUUUUGUGAUUUGUGUUUAAAUUUGAUCUGCUUAGUUUUCGUCUGAUCGGACAUUGCACUUACUUUAAACUUUUUUUUAGUUUUUCUUGUGGUAGUUUGACUGAAAUGCUGAGAAGAAUGGGAAACAUUCCGGUGAAAUCAGACGACAACGAAAACGUUAUUCAAAAUGAAAAAUUGAAACAAAUCAGCGUUCGGGGCAUUGCUCAAGUUGAGGAUGUCAACGAAAUAAAGGCUGGAUUCAAUCGUCAUUUGCAUUAUACAUUAAUUAAAGAUCGAAAUAUAGCGACCGCUCAUGACUUUUAUAUGGCAUUGGCAAAUUGUGUUAAAGAUCACAUUGUGUCGCGUUGGAUUCGCACACAGCAAAUCAGCUAUCAACGUGAACCAAAGCGCGUUUACUAUUUGUCGAUGGAAUAUAAUAUGGGUCGAUUUUUACAAAAUAAUAUGAUUAACAUUGGCAUUGAAGAUGCGUGCGAUGAGGCUAUGUAUCAAUUGGGAUUGGAUAUGGAAGAAUUGGAGUCGAUGGAAGGUGAGUUGCAUCUGAGUAACGGUAGCAUGGGUCGAUUGUCCGCAUGUUUCUUGGACUCAAUGGCAUCACUUGGCAUUCCGGCGUACGGAUAUGGUAUUCGGUAUAAUGCUGGCGCAUUUACACAGCGAAUUAUUGAUGGCGAACAACACGAAGACGUUGACGAUUGGCUUCGUUUGGGCAAUCCAUGGGAACGAGCACGACCGGAAUACGUGUUUCCCGUUCAUUUUUAUGGUAAGGUUGCAAACUCGGCCAUCGGCCGUGAGUGGGUCGAUACACAAGUGGUUUAUGCAGUUCCGCAUGAUUAUCCCAUUCCUGGGUACAAAAAUAAUGUGGUGAAUACAUUGCGAUUAUGGAGUGCCAAAAGCACAGAGGGAUUCAAAUUGAAGCUGUUUAACAAUGGCGAUUAUAUUCAAGCGAUAUUCGAUCGAUGCCUCGCAGAGAAUAUAACGCGUGUCAUGUAUCCAACAGCUGCAAAUACAUAUGAAAAUCAAGAAAUCCGACUGAAACAAGAGUAUUUUCUAUGUUCAGCAUCGUUGCAAGAUAUAAUAACACGGUACAAAAGUUCAAAGGUAUCACAAACAGACACAGGUCGUACCGAUUUCACAAAUUUUGCCGAAAAGAAUAUAAUCCAAAUGAACAAUACGUAUUCCGCUUGGAUAAUUCCGGAGCUAAUGCGUAUAUUGAUUGAUGUUGAACAUUAUAGCUGGGGUGCAGCAUGGAAGAUUGUUAACAAUUCGUGUGCAUUUACAAAUCAUAACAUCCUAUCGGUGUCGCUUGAAAAAUGGCCCGUUGAAUUAAUUCAAAAAGUUUUACCCCGCCAUAUGGAAAUUCUAUAUCAAAUCAACUUUUUCCACUUGGAAAAUUUGAAAGAGACAUUUUGUGUAAAUUUGGAUACAGUAUACGGUCUGUCAUGUAUAUCUAACGAAUGUUUUGACAUGGCAAUGCUUGGUGUAUUGGGCUCGUGUGCAGUGAAUGGUGUUUCGAAAUUUCAUUCAAACUACUUGAAAAAUUUCACAUUUUCCAAAUUAUACGAGCUCGAACCGGAAAAAUUUCUUAACAUCACAAACGGCGUAACACCGCGGCGAUGGUUGUUUUUGUGCAAUCCGACGUUAUCGAAUGUCAUCUCUGAGAAGCUUGGCGAUAAGUGGCCAGUUCAACUUGAAAAAUUGGAAUCACUGCGAAAGUUAUGCCGUGACAAUAAUUUUAUGCGUGCCAUUUCAAAGGCCAAAGAGGAUAAUAAACAGAAAUUGGUGGAAACCAUUCACAAGAAGUAUGGCAUUGAAAUCGAUCCAUUCUCAUUGUUUGAUGUGCAAGUACACAAAAUUCAUGAAUACAAACGUCAAUGGUUGAACAUUUUGCACAUUGUUACGUUGUACAAUCGACUCAAGUACAAUAAAAACUAUUCGCCAAAACAAUGUCGAACUGUAUUUAUUGGUGGCAAAGCCGAACCAGGCGACAAAAUUGGCAAAUCCAUUAUCAAACUUAUUACAUCGAUUGCACAAAUUAUCAACGACGAUCCGGUCAUUGAUGGCAAAAUAAAGGUCAUUGUUCUGGAAAAUUACGGAGUCACUGUGGCUGAAGAGAUUAUUCCGUGCGCUGAUGUGUCACAACAUUUAACACUACCUGGUUCCGAAGCAUCGGGAACAAGUCACAUGAAAUUUAUGCUGAACGGCAGCAUAAUAGUCGCCACUUUGGAUGGUGCUAUUUUGGAAAUUGUCAACGAAGUUGGCCACGUGAAUAUGUUCAUUUUUGGCAUGAACUUUGAUGAAAAAAAAGAACUUCAAGCCAAAGGUUACGAUCCGAUGGAAGUGUACAAACAAAAUGCUGAUCUAAAACAGUGUCUCGAUCAAAUUCGCAGUGGUUUCUUUAGUCCACGCAAUUUGGAUGAAUUCAGCGAUUUAGUUGAUCGUCUACUUACAAAAGAUGAAUAUUUUGUUUUGGCCGACUACGAAGACUACAUUCAUACACAAGAUUUGGUUUCGACUACAUUCGAGGAUAAGAAGAAAUGGAAUGAAAUGGUCAUCCGAAACAUUGCGGUAAGCGGCCGAUUCUCUAUCGAUCGAACCGUUCGUGAAUACGCAAAGUUAAUAUGGAAUGUGGAGCCAAUGACUGAAGCAUUGCCGGCACCUGCUGAUUGUGAUAAAAUACUGAAUUAAAUUCAUCCAAUGUGAAAAAACGAAGAAAAAAAAUGCUCAUAAAUUAUUUCUUGUAAUCGAUUCUUUUUUUAUUAUAAUUAUUAAACGUUAGAAAUUUCCAGAGGAUAUUAA